AUGGUCAAGACUUCCGUCCUCAACGAUGCGCUCAACGCCAUCAACAACGCCGAGAAGGCUGGCAAGCGCCAAGUCAUGAUCCGUCCUUCCUCCAAGGUCAUCGUCAAGUUCCUUACUGUCAUGCAGCGUCACGGCUACAUUGGCGAGUUCGAGGAGGUCGACGACCACCGCAACGGCAAGAUCGUCAUCCAGCUCAACGGCCGCAUCAACAAGACCGGUGUCAUCUCUCCCCGCUACAACGUCCAGCUCCGCGACAUGGAGAAGUGGGUUGUCAAGCUACUCCCUUCGCGUCAAUUCGGUUACAUCGUCCUCACCACUUCUGCCGGUAUCAUGGACCACGAGGAGGCCCGCAGGAAGCACGUUGCCGGAAAGAUCCUUGGUUUCUUCUACUAG